AAACGUAGUCUUUGGCCACUUCAACCCAACGACCCGAACAUACUCAGCUCCCGGCCACUCUAAUCUCACUCGCUCGACUGCAGGGUCCCAAUCUUCUGUCGUAUUCAUGGCCAAUAGCGACGCGGUGGCGGCGGAGCCGCUCCUUGGCGGCAGCAACCACCGGGAGAAUGGCGGAGAGAAAAAGCCGCGGGCGCGGUGGAGCAGCAGAAUGAGAAGCUUUGGCGGAGACUUCGGAGGGGAAUCGAAGAAACUGUGGAAGAUUGCGGGCCCGGCGAUAUUCACGGCCAUUUGUCAGUACUCAUUGGGCGCGCUCACCCAAACCUUCGCCGGGAAAGUUGGUGAGCUGGAACUGGCUGCUUUCUCCAUCGAGAACUCCGUCGUGGCGGGUCUUGCUUACGGAGUCAUGCUGGGAAUGGGGAGUGCAUUGGAGACGCUGUGCGGGCAAGCGUAUGGUGCGGGGCAAGUGAGGAUGCUGGGGAUAUACAUGCAAAGAUCCUGGGUUAUAUUACUGACCACCGCCUGCAUUUUGGUCCCUAUCUAUGUCUUCUCCCCUCCUAUUCUCCACCUCAUUGGACAGACCCCUCGCAUCUCCCAUGCCGCCGGGAAGUUCUCUUUAUGGAUGAUACCACAACUAUUUUCAUAUGCCAUCAACUUCCCAAUACAGAAAUUCUUGCAAGCACAGAAGAAAGUGUUGGUGAUGGCAUGGAUAUCUGCAGCAGUGCUAUUGCUGCAUGCCUUCUUUAGCUGGUUGCUUAUGAUGAAGCUGGAAUGGGGAUUGGUGGGAGGAGCUGUCACCCUCAACUCUUCAUGGUGGCUCAUUGUCAUCUCACAGUUGAUUUACAUUUUCGUCUCCAAGUCAGAUGGCGCUUGGGAUGGAUUCUCAUGGCAAGCUUUCCAAGACUUGUUCGGCUUUGUCAAGCUUUCUUUAGCUUCUGCCGUGAUGUUAUGCUUGGAGUUUUGGUACUUGAUGGUGAUAAUUGUCAUAGCAGGGCGUUUGAAGAAUCCUCUAGUCCCAGUUGACGCACUCUCUAUUUGCAUGAACUUACAAGGAUGGGACGCGAUGAUUUCUAUCGGGUUUAAUGCAGCCAUAAGUGUGAGAGUAUCAAAUGAACUUGGGGCUGGGAAUGCAAAGAUAGCGAAAUUGUCUGUGUUAGUUGUUUCCAUUACGUCAGUGGGAGUCGGACUUAUUUGUAUGGCAAUUGUGAUUGCGACAAGAAACAUUUUCCCACUAGCUUUCACUAACAGCGACGCAGUUGCCAAGGAAACCACGAAGCUAGCAAUUCUGCUAGGGUGGACGUGUCUACUAAAUAGCCUCCAACCUGUGUUAUCUGGGGUUGCAGUUGGAGCUGGAUGGCAAUCUAUUGUAGCAUAUGUGAACAUUGGAUGUUACUACAUUGUAGGGUUGCCUGCUGGAAUCCUCUUGGGCUUUACAUUCGACUUCGGUGCCAUGGGAAUCUGGAGUGGAAUGAUAGGAGGAAUAUGCUUACAGACACUCAUCCUCGUAGUUCUUGUCUCAAUCACCAAUUGGAAUAAAGAGGCCAAUAUGGCGGCUGACCGUGUUAAACGUUGGGGAGGUCGAACAGUACCGCGAAAUUGAUAGAAGAAUAUACGCUUUUACACUUCUUUUUUUCAUUGAUCUCACAUUUUCAAUUGCAAUUAUGGUUACUAUUUCAUAUUAAUCCGUAUUUCCCUGGAUAUUGAGGUUCGAGAGGCACGAAAAAGACUUCCUCUGCCCCUAAAAGAUCAAAAAAGAUGUUCCAGUUUC